AUGGCACGUGACUGUACUGGAGAAAAGCCUUGUAAGAAGCAGAGAAGAAGAAGAGAAAAAGAGGAAGAAGAAGAAGAAGAAGAAGUGGUGAAAAAAAAGAAAAAGAAAAAGAAAAAGAAAAAAAGCCAAGUCUUGCCGCGACCGAAAAUCGGUGACCCAGAAGUCGAAGACGAAGAAACUCCUCAGGAUCGGCUCUCUCUCUCUCUCUCCUUCUCCUCCCUUUCUCCCGUCAUCCCUCUCCUCGCAUCCCCUCCGUCACUCUGCUGGCUGGCUCCCGUGAAGUCCAGACAGCCAUUCACUCGCAUCCGGAGCAUCCCUACUUGUCCCGUCGGCCUCAGCUUGCUGAGCUUUCUCCAGCUUUUUCCCCCGCACCUUCACAUCAUGGCGCAGAAUAUAAAGGAGCAGCUGGUGGGCAGGUCUAGUGAGACACCACUGAGCGCACAUGUCAAAGCCCAUUUUAUGCAGCACGCGAGGGUGGACAGUGAGUCUGGUGAACUAUACAUGACAAGAGAAGACUUUAUCAAUGCCAUUGCCCCCAAGAAUGAAGACUAUCACAAAAUAAAACGGGAGCAAUAUGGCAUUCUCUUUAAUGUUGCCGACCGAAGACGCACCGGCAAGAUCAAUCUCCAGGACUGGUCGAUGUUUGAGGACCUUCUGGCCAAACCGGACGCAGAGUACGAGAUCACGUUCAGGCUCUUCGACACCGAGGGAACGGGAAUAGUCAAGCAUGAGACGCUACAGAAGCUAUUCAGCUCUGCCAAAGGUGACAACACCAUCCCUUUCGACUGGAACUCGGGCUGGGCUGCUCUCUAUACCGGCUCGAAAAAGACAAGGCACGACAUGACAUACCCGCAGUUUGCGCAGAUGCUUCGCGGACUGCAAGGAGAGAGGAUAAGACAGGCAUUCCACCUGUUCGAUAAAGACGGAGACGGCUACAUCGAACCCGAAGAUUUCCAGCGCAUCAUCCUAGAAACCUCGCAACACAAGCUGUCAGACCAUCUGUUGGAGAACCUGCCCACCCUAUGCAACAUCUCCUCCGGCAGCAAGAUAUCAUACGCAAACGUGCGUGCAUUCCAGAACAUCAUCAGAGAAAUGGACAUCAUAGACUACAUCAUCCGCAGUGCCGUUCGCAAGAGUGACGAUGGAAAGAUCACUCGGUCUGACUUCCUGAACGAGGCUGCCCGCAUCACCCGCUUCUCGCUCUUUACACCAAUGGAAGCCGAUAUCCUCUUCCACUUCGCCGGUCUCGAUGCCCCCUCUGGCAGACUCGAACUCGGCGACUUUGCAAAGGUCAUUGAUGCUUCGUGGCACAGUGCCAGCGUUUUGGGCAGGGAGGCGUUGGCCGGUGCGUCCAAGGCAACCGAAAAGGUUACCGGAACAACCAGCCAGGUGCUUCACAACAUACUAGAAUCUGUUCACCAUUUCGCACUCGGAAGCAUUGCUGGUGCGUUUGGUGCCUUUAUGGUCUAUCCGAUCGAUCUCGUCAAAACCAGGAUGCAGAACCAGAGAAGUGCACGGGUCGGUGAGAAGAUGUAUAUGAACUCGCUCGACUGUGCUAAGAAGGUCGUCCGAAACGAAGGUGUUCUGGGACUGUAUUCCGGUGUCAUCCCUCAAUUGAUUGGAGUUGCGCCUGAAAAGGCUAUUAAGCUUACCGUCAACGACCUGGUGCGAGGAUUCUUUGCAGACAAGGAUAAGGGCGGCAAGAUAUGGUGGCCUCACGAGGUUAUUGCUGGUGGUUCUGCUGGUGCCUGUCAAGUCGUCUUCACCAAUCCACUAGAAAUCGUCAAGAUUCGUCUACAGAUCCAGGGAGAAAUUGCAAAGAAUGUCAAUGAGACAGCAGCCCCUCGUAGAUCCGCAAUGUGGAUCGUGAAGAAUUUGGGUCUCAUGGGACUCUACAAGGGAGCUAGCGCCUGUCUCCUUCGUGAUGUCCCAUUCUCGGCAAUCUACUUCCCAACGUACUCCCAUUUGAAAACGGACUUCUUCGGCGAGUCUCCCACCAAGAAGCUGGGUGUUAUCCAACUCUUGACUGCUGGAGCCAUUGCCGGUAUGCCUGCUGCCUACCUCACCACCCCAUGUGAUGUCAUCAAAACCCGUCUCCAAGUCGAAGCUCGAAAGGGAGAGACAAAAUACACCUCUCUCCGCCACUGUGCCGCCACAAUCAUGAAGGAAGAAGGAUUCAAAGCCUUUUUCAAAGGUGGACCAGCUCGUAUCCUGCGUUCGUCUCCUCAGUUCGGCUUCACCCUUGCUGCGUAUGAAGUACUUCAGAAAUGGCUGCCAAUGCCAGGCUCAGAGCAUGAAGUAGUCACUCCAACCGGCUAUGUUGAGCCCCAGGCUAGCUUACAGCCAGCCUCCGGUCCGCUACCUUAUCUUCGAUCGCGCAAUGCGCUGAAACUCAUUUUGGAUCUCGAGCCGAACUUCGGCCGCCUGCAGCCUCCAGCGGGUGUUAGCUUACCGGUAUUGAGCAAGUAA